AUGUCCUCCCUAACCCAGCCCUUCCCCACCUCCGCCCUUCCCACCGCCGUCCAAACAACCACAAAAAACUUCCAAGAAACCGCCCGAAAACCACCUGCGGUGAAUCUCUCCCAAUGCGCUCUGAUGGAGAUGGUGCAGUACUCGUGUAAUCCGCCGGAAAAGGGCCCGCCACAGGGAGCGGCUGGCAGUGUGAUUGAGUGCGAGAGUGUGGUUCGAUUGUUUCGGAGGUGA